AUGAGACAGAGAAGAUUGUUGGAAUUGGUAAAAGACUACAAUUGUGAGAUUUUGUACUAUCUUAAAAAGGCCAACGUAGUAGUAGAUGCCCUUAGUAGGCGUAGUUAUGGGGGUGUUGCAAUGCUCAAGGAAAUGGUGGAACCUCUCCGAAAUGAUAUUAUAAGAUCCGAGAUUGAAAUAGUCACGGGAAAGUUAGCCAACCUCACAAUCAAGUUCACGCUUCUAGAGGAUAUUAGAGAGGAGCUACGACAAGAUGAUUUUCUUCUCAAGAAGCUGACUCUUUUACAAAAUUCGGAGGAUGCAGAUUUAUCAGCAAAUCGAGUGUGUGUAUUAGUUGAAACAGAAUCAUGGUCUGUGAGUAAAUACCUUCCACUUAUGGAAUUCACUUACAACAACAGUUAUCAAGCCACGAUAGGAAUGGCACCAUUUGAAAUGUUGUAUGGGCAUAAAUGUAGAACACCACUUCAUUGGGAUGAGGUGGGUGAAAGGCAACUGUCGGGUCCAAACACAGUGAGAGAGGUGAUGGAAGCGGUAGAAAAGAUAAGACAAAGAGUGGUAACAGAUCAGAAUCAUUAG